AUGUCGGUGUCACAACUUCGUCAUGGAUACCUCAAGUUUGAGUUUCCUGAAUCGAUGAAAACUCAAAAAGAUAUGGAGGAAAUCAUUGAGACAAUAAUAGAACAAUUUGAGCCGUCACUCGAAGACUCGAACAUCCGAAUCCUGAAGCGACAUCCGACACAGAUCGUUGAGGAACAGGACUGCGAUUGCUUUUUUGAAGUGAAUUUUGAAGUUGUUAGUGAGCAGUUCGACUUCAAGCUCAUUGAUGCAAUGAAUGAAUUUAUGAAAAAAUUGACUCCAGUAGCAGCUUAUAAACGUCCAACGAUCGUCGCCCACAGCUCUGAUUUCUGGAUAUCUGACCUGAGGUUAUCAGCGAAAGAUAUUCCAUUGAAUGCGAUUCAUUUUGGAAAUAUCCAAGGAAACAGAUUCCUCAACCAUUAUGAAGUGUCGUUCUGGAAUGAAACAAAACGGUUUAAAAACGGUCCAGCUGGUGAUCCAUUAUACAAGAUUUUCGCAAACUUUGAGUUUGAUAAGAAUGAUAUUCUAAUGGUUCAAUUUCAAUGCACACAAAUGGAAGAGGAUCGGACAACGAGUGGAAGUGAUUCAAGUGACAAGGAGAAUAAGAAUAAAUGCAAUAAGAAUGAGAACAAAAACCAGAAAAAAAAGAUAGAGAGAACGGUCAACUAUCAAGUUACGGUUCGUCGAGAUUCCAUUCGUCGUAUUAUAGUGGACCCGUAUGCAAAAGAUGAUUACGGCGAACGUGUUCGGAUUCAUUUCGAUGUAAACUGCCCUCCUCUGAUAAGAAAAGCAAUACUAGAUAAGAAGAUGUACAACCAAAAUCCCCACUACGUACCAUUCUAUAAGCGAUGGAAGACAAUCAAACAUGUAUGGGAAGAUCAUGGGUAUGCGGAAGAAGCAGCAAUAUCGGAUAGUCCAGUUUUUAGUCUGGAUUUCAAGCAUCCUCAGUUUGCCGAAAUCUACAGUGUCCUCGCACGUCUUCGUGCUCGUACCAAAGUAUCCAUUGAAUUUGCAAGUCUUCCAUCAGUCAAUGUCCCUAUAUGCCGUCGAGAAAUGUAUCAUAGAUGGACGAUAUCCGGAUACGGAAUAAUUCGAUCGCCGACCGACCCAACAGUACCAAUUUUCAGAGACUUUUGUGCGGAGAUUUUCCCGGUGAAAUACCAAAUCGUCGAUAAUCGAGAAAUUGAUAUAAACGAGGAACGUAAAUUUGCUAUCACUUAUUUAAUUGAAUGUCUAAUAUCCCGCGGUGCAGUUGUCAAAGACCAAAUACUUUUGGAUGAGGGACAGUGGAGUAAUUUCCUAGAAAUCAUCAUCCACUACUAUAAGAUUGAUGAUAAGUUGUGUGAAGCUGCGUUAGAAGAUUUGAUUCAUAUGGUUGAUGGAAGGAAGAGAAUCGGAUCAAUUUUGAAGUGCUUCGAUAAAAUCUGCCAAAAACGUCAGCAAAUGAAUCUGGUGAAUGGACUAACCGAAAACGAGAUUCGCGACGGCUUUCAACGCGUCCGAAAGAUAGUGUUCACUCCAACUCGUGUCAUUUACAUUGCUCCAGAAACCAUCAUGGGUAAUCGAGUGCUGCGGAGAUUUGACAAAGACGGCACUCGAGUGAUUCGUGUUACUUUCCGUGAUGAUUCCAAUGGUCGAUUGAGAGCAAGCACAACCGGAGAGGAAUUAAUCGAUAAAACUGCAAUGAAAUUCUUCAGCGAGGGAGUGAAAGUUGCUAAUCGAGAUUAUGGUUUCCUGGGGUGCUCGAAUUCACAGAUGAGAGACAAUGGCGCAUAUUUUAUGGAGAAAUCAACGUUCGGUCAACGACAGCGAUUAUUGAAGAAUAAUCCAAAUGCAAAUCUUAUUGGUUUUCAGCCAAAGAUUUUAGAGGUCCGGAGACAUCUAGGGAGGUUUGAGACAAUCGAAAAUGUUCCAAAGAUGAUGGCCAGAUUGGGACAAUGCUUUACACAAAGUAGACUCACCGGAGUUGAACUUGAACGAUCGGAUUACUGUACAACAUUUGACUACGAAGGCGCCAAAACCAAACCGAUAGUCGGUAAAUGUUACACAUAUUCGGAUGGUGUUGGGAUUAUGAGUUACGGUUUUGCUCAACGUCUUGCAAGAUCCAUGAAUUUUGGGAUCUCGGUGCCCAGCUGUCUUCAGAUCCGCUUUCGUGGAAUGAAAGGAGUCAUCGCCAUCGACCCCUUCUAUGACGAAGUUAGUGAAUGGGCUCAAGCCAACGGAAUCCAAUCAUAUGAUGUUCCAAACCUAGAUUUGAAAUGUCAAUUCCGCCCAUCUCAAAUCAAGUUCCCAGCUAAAUCAAUCCCAGGUGAUCAAAUCGAGAUGGUCAAAUUCUCGUCGCCAGUUCUAGUCGCACUCAACAAACCAUUUAUCAACAUAUUGGACCAAGUCUCUGAAAUGCAAUCGAUCGAAUGUCAUCGAAGAGUUACUGGUAGAAUUGAGGAAUUGAUGGAUCGGCAGAUUGUCUCGUUUGCUAAACAGAUGAAUGAUGAAUUGUAUUGCAGAAAUAAGUUGAAAGAAUUCCCACGCCGUAUCGAUAUUGACUUCUUGAAGAGAAUGUGGGGAUUCACUUUAUGCAAUGAACCAUUCUUCCGAUCCCUCAUCAAAGCUUCCAUAAAAUUUUCUAUUACCAAACAGUUACGCAAGGAGCAAAUCCAAAUUCCCAAAGAGCUCGGUCGUUCGAUGCUCGGUAUUGUCGACGAAACAGGACGCCUUCAAUACGGUCAAAUAUUUGUACAAUACACCAGAAACUCGAAUGAAAAACUCCCGCCAAGAUCCAAUAUGCAACACAUGAAAGUGCAGGGAUCUCAAGUAGUUACGGGUACCGUACUCCUCACCAAAAAUCCAUGUAUCGUCACUGGAGACGUCCGAAUAUUUGAAGCCGUUGAUAUACCGGAACUUCAUCAUUUGUGUGAUGUAGUGGUGUUCCCACAACACGGACCACGUCCACACCCGGAUGAAAUGGCUGGAUCGGAUUUGGAUGGAGACGAAUAUUCGGUGAUUUGGGACCAACAACUGCUUCUUGAUAAAAAUGAAGCACCAUUUGAUUUCACUGUAGAGAAGAAGGAGAUGCCGUAUGAUAGGGAAAUGAUUGAUCAACUAAUGCACGAGUUCUACGUCAAAUAUCUGAAACUAGAUUCCGUUGGAACCAUCUCAAACAACCAUCUCCACAACUCGGAUCAAUACGGACUGAAUUCUCGAGUUUGUAUGGAUUUGGCAAAGAAGAAUUGCCAAGCUGUGGACUUCACUAAGUCUGGAGAACCGCCAGCACCAUUGACAAAGAAAUGGGCAAGAGACCCAGAAACUGGCGAAGCGGUGCCUCCUGAACUUGCAGAGAGAGUUCCAGACUAUCACGUUGGAAACGACAAUGCUCCAGUGUACGUUACCCCCAGACUAUGUGGACGUCUAUUCCGUGAAUUCCAAGCAAUCGAUGACGUCAUCAGAAUUUCCGAGGAGAGGGAAGAACAAUACGAGAUUGAAAUUGACGAGAGCAUCAAAAUGGAAGGGUACGAGAAUUAUUUGACAUGUGCAGAGAAGGAGUUGGCUAAUUAUAAUGGACAAUUAAGAUCUAUCAUGGAAACUUAUGGUAUUCAAUCGGAAGGAGAAAUUAUGUCCGGGUGUAUUCUUGAGAUGAGAAAUCGAAUCUCGGAUAAGGAUCAAGAUGACAUGUCAUUUUUCAACACAAACCAAAUGAUUGAGACACGGAUGACAAGUUUGGUGUGCGAAUUUAGAAAGAGGUUCUUUGAGGAAUUCGGUGGCUAUCUUGCGGUGUGUACCCAAUUGCCCAACACCUUCGACGCAAACAAUUCGUUGACUUAUAGAUGUGAAAUGCCAUCUGAGUUGAUGAUGCAAAAGGCUACUGCGUGGUACAGAGCUUGUUACAAAUUUGCCCAAAAGUCACGUGAAACUCGCAAGCUCUCGUUUGGCUGGAUUGCCUAUGAUGUGCUCGCUAAGGUUAAAGAGCAUCAUUUGCUGAAAAGCGAAGAAGUCCACAUUAACAGUUCGAAUCCAAUGCUCAAAUUUUUGGAGCAACACCGAAAACAAUAUCUUAUCGAUAACCAUGAGGAGUUUGAAGCAUUUAGAUCAAUGGAUCAAUUUGUGCAAGAUGAGAAUUCAGGAAAAGCGAUUAGAAUAGUCACAAUGUAUACGACACGAUUGCCUGGAUUGGAUACCGUUCUAUUCAUGUUGAUGAAAUGGGGAGAAUCGCUGAAGUUGUUUGAGGAUCAACCAUUCAAGAGACAUCAUUUCUUUUUACUCUUCAUUCUAUUUCUGACCAGACAAUUGAAAUCGGCUGAUGGGUUCACAAAGGAAUCGUUUUUCGAGAAAAUCGAUGUGAAUUCAGAGGAAUCAGAUGACUCAGAGGAGGAAGAUGAGCAGAAUGUAUUGACAGAAGAGAGGAAAUCGCAUUUGAUGAUAAAAUUCCUGGAAUACUUGGCAUCACGAAACUUCCGAAAACUUCCGAAUCUCUCCUUCCGAUCACUUGACUUCUCGGCGAUUUUCAUGCGAGGCGAAUGGCAACCAUUCCACGCAGCGGCCAUCAAAACUUACUACAAUAUACUGUUCACUCUGAGAUUUGAAGAACUCCCAAUCUCUACUGAUCCAGAAAUCACGUUUCAAUCGAUGAUUCGUGAGUGUGACCCGUAUGUGAUUGAGUUGCCAGAUCUGCCAGAUAGGUUAGAAGAUAUCACUGCUAUGAUGGCAACGAAUUCUGGUUGUGACACGGUUAGCAUGAGACGACAAUCGAAUAAAGGCAAAAAGGAAGACAAAGACGAUAUGACAGACGGCCGCAUUCGCUACCUAGUCACCGCUCGCGGAACUCUUGAAAAUCUCCAACGACUGAAAAAACUCGUCUCUGUCACAAUUCCCCUCAAAUCUCAUCUCGGUGGAGCAGACGUUGCAAAGCAGAUGGCCUAUCUCUGUUUCCGGCAGAUUAUGGUUGGCUUCGAAUAA